GAUAAACAGCCGAGGAGCCUCUGAGCCAGAGGAAACAUGGCGGCGCCGGCCCUGGACGCCACUGCCGCUCCGUCCCGCUGCUGACCGACAACCUCACCGACAACCUCCCGCACAGCACGCACAGCACGCACCCCGGGCGGCUCCUCAACUCUCAGACAUCCUGUGUGUGCCUGUGAUUGCUUACCAAAGUUUACCACAAUGCCACAUGUAGAGGAUUGAAUGAUGUCACAAGGUAACACUUUGUGGAUGUUUACCCAGGAUGCUUUGCAAAUAAGGUGCUGAUAUUUGCUGAAGAUGAGUAGUGGGGGAGGGAACACCCCGGAGCCCCCCAGAGGGGGAGAGUCUCUGAAGAGGAAGGACUGUCAGUCAGACCUCCUGGGCCCAAGCCCUAAGAGGAACACUGAGAGGAGGAACCGGGAGCAGGAGAACAAGUACAUCGAGGAGCUGGCCGAGCUGAUCUUCGCCAACAUCAACGACAUGGACGACCUCAACGUCAAGCCGGACAAAUGUGCCAUCCUCAAAGAGACGGUGAAGCAGAUCAGGCAGAUCAAGGAGCAGGAAAAAGCUCCGGUGGCUGAUGCUGAGGAGGUGCAGAAGGCCGACGUCUCCUCCACAGGACAGGGUGUCAUUGAUAAAGACGCCCUUGGGCCCAUGAUGCUGGAGGCCCUGGACGGCUUCUUUUUCGUGGUCAACAUGGAGGGCAACAUAGUGUUUGUCUCGGAGAACGUUAGCCAGUAUUUGCGCUACCAGCAGGAGGAGCUGAUGAACACCAGCGUCUACAGCGUGCUGCAUGUUGGAGAUCACGACGAGUUCGUCAAGAACCUCCUCCCCAAGAGCCUGGUCAAUCAUCGCAGCAGUGAUUCGUCCAACAGGAACAGUCACACCUUCAACUGUCGCAUGUUGGUCAACCCUCACGCCGACGGCGAGGCCCGGCCGGCGUCCGACCAGCAGGACGCGUCACAGCAGAAGUACGAGACCAUGCAGUGUUUCGCUGUCUCCGAACCCAAGUCUAUCAAGGAAGAGGGGGAAGAUUUCCAGUCAUGUCUCAUCUGCGUGGCAAGAAGAGUCCCCGUCAAAGAGAGACCUGUGAUGCCCACGUACGAGAGCUUCACUACGCGUCAGGACCUUCAAGGUAAGAUCACGUCCCUGGACACCAGUCUGCUCCGCACGUCCAUGAAGCCGGGCUGGGAGGACCUGGUCCGCCGGUGCAUUCAGAGGUUUCACCUGCAGAAUGACGGGGAGAUGUCCUUCGCAAAGAAACACCAGCAAGAAGUGUUGAGGAUCGGCCAUGCGCUCAGCCCUCUGUACAGAUUCUCCCUGGCAGACGGCACCAUCGUCUCAGCUCACACCAAGAGCAAGCUGGUUCGAUCUACAGCCACCAACGAACCACAGCUCUACAUGUCCCUGCACAUCCUACAGAGGGAGAACAUGGGUGGUGGCAUGACCGCAGACCAGGGCUUGGCCAAGCCAAUGACCCCAACCAGUGUGAGUGGUCCCACCACUUCCCCUGAUGCUAGUGUCACCAGCAACACACACCACUCCACCACGGCCUCCGGCGCCCCUGGACGUGGUUUGGGGGCUGUAUCGGGUCGGGCACCCACGCCUCAGGGAAACAGCCACUCACUCAGGCUGGGCAGCCCUUCGGCCCAAGGGAGCCCCAGCGUCACCUCAGGGGCCCAGGGUGGCAUGUUGUCUCCUCGUCAUCGCCAGAGCCCCAGCAUGGCGGCCAGCAGCAGCAGCUGUAGUAGCCCUCACCUUGCCCAACAUCCCCCUGGUUCUUUCUCUCCUGCAGCCGGCCUCCACUCGCCAGCAUCUGUGUGUAGCAGCACAGGAAAUAGCCAAGGGUUCAACUCCCUCAGUGCACUGCAGGCCCUAACCCAGGGCCACAGAGUUUCACAGGGACUCACCGAGGGGCAGCAUCCAGAGUCACCUGACAAAAAGCCAGUUGGUCUUCAGAGCCCCUUUCACAGCAGCAGCGCUGGUAGCCAACUAGCUAAGAACAAUCCCAGCUUAGAAGCGGACUUAUUUGGAACUUUUGGGGACCAGCAAGACUUGUUGUCAUCACAAAACCAGGAAGGUGAGCAAGAGGAGGGGAGAGACGGUGACCCUGACAGCUUCGGGGAGCUUGGUGACAACCCAAAUCACCUUCUGAACUCAAGAGGGCACACUAAGCUGCUCCAGCUCCUCACCACCAAAUUAGAACCCUCUGAUCCCUGCUCACCACCGCAGUCCCUGGGGGACGACCAGGACUGUAAGGACCAGCUAGGUGGGAAUGGGGGUGUGGGUGGGGCCGGGCAUAACAACCACUCCACCUCGCUGAAGGAGAAACACAAAAUCCUCCACAGGUUACUGCAGAACAGCACCUCGCCUGUGGAGCUGGCCAAGCUAACGGCUGAGGCUACCGGAAAAGAUCCAAUUGGUCCAGAGUCAGCCUCAGGGGACAACAUGGCCACACUAGGUGAACUCUGCACCAAACAGGAGCCAGGGAGCCCCAAAAAGAAGGACAAUGCGUUGCUUCGCUAUCUGUUGGACAGGGAUGAUAACGGCAUUCUUGAUAAAGCCAUCAAGAUGGAACCUGGUGAGGGCCCGAAGCUGUCCAACGUUAAGAUAGAGAAACAGGAGGCGGGUUUCAACAUGGCGGACCAGACCAGUGAGUUGGAGGACCUGCUGGACAAUCUGCAGAGUGGCGGCCAGCAGCUGCAGUUCGGGGUUCAACCACAAGUCAGAAGACCAGCCUCCUCUUCGUCCGCCUCGUCCUCCGUGCCGCCUGGUUCCUCUGCGGACAAACAGACCAUCAUCAGCAACAUCCUGCAGAUGACGGACAGCAGCAGCAGCAGCAGCCCCCCCACCCAGCACAGAGCCUUCCCUCCCAUCGGCCCUGCAGCAGGCUUUAAUAGUGCCAGGCCGGGGCAACUGGGUCGAGGUGCUCCUCCUGUCCGGAGCGCGUCUCUGGAUGGCAAUAUGGGCCCCAACCCCAACGCUGGCAGGCCAUUUCCUCCUCAGCACAGGAACAACGGCCCCUACUCUUUACUGCAGCAGCAACAGCAGCAAGGCAUGAUGGGAACCCACGCAGGCAUGGCCAACCAGGCUGCGAUGGCCAAUCCAGGCAUGAUGAGCAACGGGUCAAUGCGUGGCUCCAUGCAGCAGGGCUGGGGUCCCCAGGGGCCCAUAGGGGGUACUGCAGGGCCAAUGAUGGGCCAGGGUGUUGGACCCGGUCGCAUGGUCCCCAACAUGAACACUGCGAUGCCCACAAGAGGCCCGCCUGGAUCCAGACCCAUGGUCAACAUGCAGAUGAUGGGCAACGAGAUGGAGAUGGCAAACCCCGCCUACCCUCAGCAACAAGCUCCGCCCAAUCAGACUGCACCGUGGCCAGACCGAAUGAUAAUGGAUCACUAUGGAAACCAAAGCAGGCCACCGUACGGGGACGGGAUGGGGUGCUGCGGUACAGGGCCUGAGGGCCAGCCAGAUGAAGGAGCUCUGCUGAGCCAGCUGUGCUCAGUGUUAAAGGACUACGAGGGUCUGGAGGAGAUCGACAAGAUGUUGGGAAUCCCGACGCUGGCUGGACAGGGUCCUCUGUCAGACCAGGACCAGUACCUCGGCUCCUCGGACCCAGCGGCCAACAUGAAGCCUCUCCUGUACAGUCAGUACGGUGGCCAGCCAGGUUAUGGCGGCAUGCCUCCCGACGGUGGCUUCCACGGCCCCUCUAUGAGCGGCCACAUGGGGCCGCAGAGGAUGCCGCCCGCUGGUUACCCCCCAAUGAUGAGGAUGCCCGGGAGCGCGGGGCCCAGACCGGCCGGGAUGAGGCCAGGCGGGCCUAAUCCGGGAGUGCCACCUCAACCCAACAACCUGAGGCUCCAGCUGCAGCACAGACUCCAAUCCCAGCUGAACCGCCAGCCGAUGGUGAACCAGAUGAGUGCAGUGUCCAAUAUGAAUCUACCUCUAAGAUCCAAUGUACCAAACCAGGGAGCCCUCAACGCCCAGAUGCUGGCCCAGCGUCAGCGCGAGUACCUCAGCAACCACCUACGCCAACGCCAACAGCAGCAGCAACACAUGCACCAGCAGCGUGCCAUGAUGAUGCGGAAUCAGGGCAUCAACAUGCCACCUAACAUGCCCAGCGGGGGCGCCGCUCCUACGCCGAUGCCCAUGGGCGGCACCAACCCGCGGCUCCCGCAGGGCAACCCGCAGCAGUUCCCCUACCCGGCUUCCAGCUACGGUACCGGCCUGCCCUCUCCUCCUCCUCAUCCCGGCUCCUCCAGCCCCUUCUCCUCCCCUCUCUCCCCCAGCCAUCAUCUGGCUAGCCAGGGCAUGAUGGGAAAUGUAGGCGGGCAGUACAGCGGGGUAAUGAGUCCGCCAUCUCAGCACAGUGCCUUCCAGUUCAGCAGUUCAGGAAUGAGCCAGCAGCAGCAGCAGCAGCACCAGGACCCAGUGUCAGGCUUUCCAUGUGGGGCUGCGACCCCGCAGAGCCCCUUGCUGUCCCCCAGGAUGGGGCAGGGUCAAAGCUCCAUGCUGCAGCAGAACCAGGGCCAAACCCAGCCCCAGGGAGGAGCACCGGGCUACCAGGCGAGCACCGACCACAACGGAUGGCCUCAACCUGCCAACAUCUCCACCAGCAACAGCUUGCCUCCUUCCAGCGUGUACCCCCAACAGUCCCAGUCACAAUACUCCACACAACCCAACGGAGGAAUGUACAACAGCAACAGCAACAUGAACCUGGGUGUGAUGGGCAGCAAUGGCGGCAACAUGAACCAGAUGUCAGGACAGAUGAGCUCCAUGAAUACAGAGCAGGUGAGUGACAGCAGUCUGAUCCUGGGGCAGCUGGCGGGAAUUGACAUGUUGACACAAGAGGGUGAAGCCAGUUCUAAUUUCUGCUGACCCCGGCUGCGGUUGAGACAAGGUAACACAGGAGCCCGCGCAAAGAAACACUUGACGCCUGCUCGGCUCAGCUCAGCUCAGUUCAGCUCAGCUCUUGGAGAAGCAUCAAGGAGUUGAGGACACAUGAUUGAAACACUGCUCACUCUGUGACACCAGCCAGCUCAGAGGCACUAAAGAGAGAGGACAACCAAGACAUGUAAAAACCUUCUGAACUGCAUUCAUGUCAGUGUGGCUUACUUCACGCUGAGUUAACAUUUUAUGCAAAAAGUCAGAAUUCGUAGAGGAACUGCCAUCUGAACCAUCCUGACAGCAAAUGCUCAAUAGGAAGAUACAAGAAUAUUGUUUCACUGCUGAUUCAGGGUUUUGUGGGAAACCUUGUAUUUUAGCUAUUUACUGUAGGUAAUGUUUCGAUCCUCAAUAAUUGAAUACAGCUCAUAUUUAUCUGUAUACUGUACAUCAUGUUCAAACAAUCAAAUUAAGGCUGCUAAAAAAUGAACGGUAGCUUUACUGUAACAGUGUGCCGGAUACAUUCAACAUAAUCUACAUUUCCACAGAAUUAUUUUCAUCAGUACAAUUUAAUCAUGCUCUAUAAUCUCCACUCUUUAAAAGAAAUGCUGUUUUCACUCAUAGAUUGAAGCCCACUUUGUUGAGCUUUCUUGACGUGAAGCUGCUGUUAGUGAAACUCUACACGUACAGAAGAUGAUUUACGAUAAAGAUAUUUCAAGUAAUGGAUGGAUUAUUUACCCUGAACUGACUUCAUAGGAAGUGUUGAGUUUUCAUUAAAAGCAAACGAAUAUACUGUAGAACAGGAAACAGGGAGACGCCUUUAGGUAAAUAAAGGCGCUGCCCACUGUUUGAAGAUUUAACGUACAAAAUACAAAUAUUGUACUCUAGUACACACAUUCUCAAACACGUACACUGUAAACACCAGAACUUGUUCACAAAACGGUUUACUGUUGAACCACAUAGAAUCACAAACACGAUAAAGGUUUUGUUGUGCAGCAUUUUAACAUAAAAAUCAGAAUCAUAUUUACAUCUUAAAGUCAGAUUUUCUCUUAAAUUAAAAUGGAGGUAGCAGCUAAAAUUGUGUCUGGAUGUAUCUGGCGCAGUAUCUUUGGACACUGUGGAAUAAAGUUAAAAUUUUGAGACAUUAAAAGAAUUAUUACUAUCAACAAAUGGAGGAUGGUUAACCUCUAGCAGCCUUAACUUGGCUGGAGUUGGAUAGAACAAAACACCAGCAACCAUUUUACUUUACAUGUUUAUUAACCGCAUACAUACCGCCUCAAAAUCAAAACAAACUGCAUGAUGGUAAAGCAUAAAAUACUACACUCAACACCUUUUAGACAAAUGCAAGUGUAAAAUAAUGGUUAUUAGUCCCAGGUUUCUGUACAAGGACCCACGCAGUGUUUGCUGGUAGUAUGUUCUCUGGUCAGAUGAAUGUAUUCCCACUGAAAACUGUCAUCCUCUCAAGUCUCUGAAGCAGUGUAUUUUGCGAUCGGGUAAAUCUUUUGUGAGUGUUUGAGUGUGAAACUGAAAUGACGUCGCAGUUUUGACACUGGAGAAGUGAAUGGUUUGACGAGCAUAAACGAAAACCUCUGGAUUUGAUCUUUUAUGGUUCAGUUUUAGAGCCUGACUGAAAACGUCAAAUGAGAAGGUGUAUGGAAAAUAUUUUACAGGUAUUUAUAGUUUUGAAGAAGUUUUAGAGAUUCUUUGUAUGACACACAAAAAAAUCAAGAAUAUCUUUCUUUCAGAAAAUCUCUCAAAAUGGUACAUUUUGAUGUCGAUUUUAAAAUUAAUAUAUUUCAACUGCUGUAGUUACGGGGAAGCUGUAUCCCUAUUUAAUGACUUUUUGAAUGAAGGUGACCGUGUAUAGAUAGUGUACAUACUUAGAUUUAUAAUACCCCUUUUCCCAAAAGUGAUAUUGCAAAAUAGCAGUUUGGAGUUUUAGUCCAACAAACAAUUCUCAGCAGAAAUAUUUCAUUGGUUGAAUUAAACCUCAGUGCGUUGCAGAUAAAUAACAACAAUACAACAAGAGUGCCAGUAAGUUAACGGGCUUAUUUGAAGGUUAUGAUUGAAAUAAAAUGUAUUUUUCCAUGCUCUGCUUGUGAAAUAGCGGUUUGCUAGAGCUAUUUUGAAAUUGAAAAAUAUUUGUCUACUUUGUCUGAAGCUAAAUGCUACGGUUCAUAAUAUUUCCUUUCCUAGCGUUUAGCUCUUGCUUGCUUGCUGUGGCGGGAUGGCAAUGUCAGUUAGUUCGGCAUGCUAACACUGGCGCAAUGUCCGACUGUCCGCCCACUGAGAUUUGACCAAUGAAAAUAUUUCUGCCUGCAAAGCAGCUUUGCCUCUAAGAAAAAGAAAAAAAAACUAUAAAUAAUAAAACGUCAUGCUACUGCGAUUCAUUUUGAAAUGACACUUUGUGGUUGCGAUGUUCUGGCCUGCAGGAGUCGCUCUCACGUUACAGGCGUUUCGCUCUCUGUCCCCUCUGCUGAAGGACAAUUCAGACGUGUGUUGUUUGUUGUCGUGGUUGUUGUUUUGGGUCUUUCUGUGGGUGAAGCUGUCUCUACCUACUCUAUGUACUAAUGAUGAACACAAAUUAAAACCAGUCUCAGGAGGGUGUUAAGUUUUGCGCCACGGUUAAAGUCUGACCUUAUAAAUAAUAUUCCUAAAUUUAAGCUUUCUAUUUCACAAAGAAGAGCAGGCAACCCAGAACCUUUACAGUCCAAAGUUAUAUGAAUCUUAAUACAGACUGGACCUCGAGUAUUUUAUUUAAGGUGCUCUAUCUAUUCAUUAGGUGCUGUCUCAUACAUAAGCUUGUAAUUGUGACUGACUGUAAACUGGCAAUUUGGAUGUGUUGAAUCUCUCUGCUUGGUUAGAUGGCCCAGAAAAUGUGUAAAGCACACACUGUAACAAUGAUUACUUUUCUUCCCAAAAGAAGAAUGUGAAAAUGCACACUGACUGCAAAAAGAAACACUGAAAACAUUAUUAUUAUUAUUAUUAUUAUUAUUAUUAUUAUUAUCUUAGAAAAUGUCCCGUUUUUUCCUUCAGCUUUCAGUGACAGUAAAUUAUUGUAAAACCUCGAAGAGAAAAUGUAAGCCAUGCAAAUGUCCUGAAUGUCAAACUCUUUAAGGUUUAAGGCAAUCAAGAGCGGGUGUAAACGCUCAUGUACAGUAACUCCUAAUGUUUUAGAUGAAGGUGAAUUAUUUUCUCUUGAUUUUGACUUAUACAGUAUAUGUAUAUUGAAGAUUUUUUUUUCUUAAUCCAUAGAUGGAUAUUUUACCAAUUGCAAAAUACUGUAAUUCAUGUAAGUACCUUAAGAUGCUAAAGACAAAGCAUAAUGCCUUAGAUCUGUGAUUCUCUGUCUGGUGUAUAACUGUAAGGUUUACAGGUGUAUUAUAUGUGUCACAUACUGCUGAGUGAGUGUUUUACCACUUCAUACUGUAGGUGUAAUGAUUAAUUAGACAACCAGGAUUUUGAUAUUUUUUUCCCCCCAGAAGUGACGCAGAACAAUAUGUGUUAACUUGUGUGUGAACUCAUGGAAAUUACAGAAAUUCUGUGUUAACAUCAAAAACAUUCGGCAAAUGAGUUGGUCUGUAGUUUCACGGUACUGUUGCACCGUUUAACGCAGUGUUUUUAAAGGGGCAUUAAGUCAUCUUUGACCUCUGCUGGUCUCUGUCGGUGACCUGCAGUAACGUCAGUGUAUUUUAACAAGCUGGCCUGUAAAUGACAUUAAUAACAUAACCAGUGAUAAUACUACUAAGAUUAAAGACCCGUUUUCUUACAUUAAUGCUUCUAAAGUUCAAUAUUGAGAAAAAUGCUGUGUAUAUUUUGAAUUUUUCACUUUCAGUUCCAAAAGUUAACAAAAGAAGCUCUCAAAUGUUCUUUUUUGUAGCCGUAAAAAGAUUUUCCCUAAAUAAAACAUUCUAAACUUCUGGUCCAAAACUUCAAACACAUCUUACACUGAUUGAAUGUGUAUUAAAAAUAAAAAUCUAUUAUACUAAAUAGAAGGUAAGAAUUAUAUUAGUGGCUUUAAGAUCUCACUGGUGAUACUGGUCUGCAUAAAACCGCAGUGCAGGAAAUAUGUUUCUGCAUCGGGGCCAGAGGUCAUCAGGAUAUUUAAUCAUCUAGUGCUGAACAAAUAUGUCACCAUGCUUUUUGUAGCUUGACGCGGAUAUAGCGCCUUUAUAGCUGAAAUGUUUCUUUACACAACAGUAGGGAGGGAGUUACUGUUUAAAACAGCUAGUGCAGGUCAGAUUUAAUGACAGAAAGCUCAUAAUAAUUCAAAUAAUCACAGAGUAAAAUUACUGGACCUCCACAGAGACAUAUAAAACACACUUUUUGCCCCCUUUUUAGAAUAUUUUCAAAGGCUGAAUACACAAUGAUUUGGUAAUUUGUGAUCUGCUAUAAGUUGUACUAUUUGUGUUCCACAGUAAAAUGGUAAAUCAGAGCAAUAUGUCAAAGCAGAAGAAGAGUGUAGCCGUUUAAAGAUCACUGUUUGCAGUUCAAGAGAUUUUUUAUUGUUUUUUAAAUGAUCUUUUCUGCCCUGGUGUUCGUAUUAAAUAUCUCAGCGGUGACACAGUCCAGUACAUACAGUUUAUUCAGAGUGUGAGUGUGUUUAUUAUGCAAAAGUCCAGACGUUCACACCACUUUAUGCAAGCUGUCGACUCUAAUGUUGCUUUUGCCAAUUGCUGCUCGUUAAUUUAUGAUUCAUGCCACUGUAAAUAAAUUAUUUUUAUUGAGCGGGA